AUGUCUGGUAUACUUGGUUAUCUCGCUUGUUGUCGAGGUAGAAACAAUGAUAGUCGUCUAAUUAAAAAUGUAAAAGAAGGCACUCGACCUGAAAUUAACGUUUCAGCUGAUGAACUUUUUCCUCGACCUAUAAUUGUAAGCCACCUCAAAGCUAUUUUCCAACCAGCCAAAAAUCAGUCGCGUUAUUAUACAGUUUGUGGUGAACCUGGAACUGGGAAAACUACACUGAUCAAACUUGCAUUAAAAGAAGUUGGUCGUGGUGUUGUAUACGUCGAUGUCCCUCCUUUUGUUAAUGAUUUUGGCGAAACAUUUGGGGAAGCUAUCAACUUUGCAUUUGAGGAGGAUGUCUCUUUAAAUAAUCAAUUGAGACGAAAAUUGAGCGGUACUAAUAAUGAAUCUGAUGAACCGAAGUGGGUGAGGGCCUUGAUAACUUUUCAACUUGCUGCUAAAGCAUAUAAUGUCAAAUACGAUAUACCUGCGGUUAUUGUGUAUGAUAAUGUUGACCGAUUAGAUCCAAAAACCAUUCGUAUCCUUCAAAAUAGUGCCAAAGAUAAUGCUGAUAGCCAAACAUACAUUGCAUUGUUUGUCAGCAGUGAAGGCUCAGUUCUAAAAAUAAUGGAAGGUAAUUCUUCCUCCUACUCACGAGCAUUUGGUCCGAUUGAAAUUGGCGAUCUUACUAAGGAAGAGUCGAUAGAAUAUCUAGCAAUCUUAAAUAUUACUGAGAAGAAACUUCUAAGAGCACAAAUCUGCCCAAAACAAAAAUAUCAUAAAGUAGCAUGCCGAAUUAUUAAUUCUUUAUUGACAAACAAAGAACUUAAAUAUAUAAAAUAUUUACAAUUUUUUGAUAAUGAUGAGGAAGCUGAUGAAGUAUUAGAAAAGAAUGUAUUUGCAUACCAUCCAGGAAAAAAUAUUAUUACAUUUCAGUCCCAGUCAGUAGAAUUAUACAUUAAAACAGAAGCUGAUGAUUUUGGUGUUAAGCUAAUUGAUACCACCCCUGCUGAUGAAGAUAAUUAUGCGUAUGCUAUAAUCCAAGAGGAAUAUCUUCCUAUCACUAAAGAGCCUUCACAUCAACAUUCAUCUAAUUUAAAAUCUCCUAGAGAAAAUUAUUGA